AUGUACAUCCCAACACCCGCAGAUUACGACCACCCAGGGCUGAAUAACAGCUUCCUCAUAAACACAUACGAUUCCAAAGCGAUGCUCUACAACGACAGAUCGGUACUAGAAAACCACCAUCUAGCCUCGGCGUUCCGCGUUAUGAACCUACCGGAGAACAACUUCUUGGUUAACUUGUCGAAAAACGACUACAGGAGCGUACGAGAAGCUGUCAUCGACAUGGUGCUUGCUACGGAUCUAUCGCAACACUUCCCACUCAUCUCGCUCUUCAGAUCGAAAGUUCAAGGGAACUUCCAGCCUUUAGAACUACGCGACGACCGGCACCUCCUCUGGAAGAUCCUUAUCAAAUGCGCCGACGUGUCCAACCCGAGCAAAUCCUACGGUCUGUACGAAAAAUGGGUGCGGGUCAUCCUCCAAGAGUUUUUCUUGCAGGGCGAUCUCGAGAAGGAGAUGGGACUGCCCGUGUCGCCGUUUAUGGAUCGCGAGUCGUUGAACGUCCCCAGCAGUCAGAGCGGAUUCAUUGAGUUUGUGGUGUUCCCGUUGUUCGAGGCGUUUGAUGUCUUUGCGACCAUUCCGUCGAUAAUGAAUGAUUUGACCAAGAAUAGGGACUUCUGGUAA